ACGUUACUUCACGUAGAAAUUUGACAGUACAAACAAAACUGGAAAACAAGCAAAUAUAUGCGACGGAAAGACGGUGCAUAUGAUAAAAAGUCGCUUAAUACUUUAUUAUGAUCUUCGCAUAUGCCAUGAAUCCCCCAAACAGACAUAAAUCCCAAAGCGACUGUGUUCCCAGUGUGGCUUACUGGUGAGACUUUACCCUCCCUUGUUCCUGCCUAGCCGAAUAUAAACACAAAUGGGACAAAUACAUAAAUACAAAGACGAAUGUGAACUUCGUUAUUUAUUUAUACAUUAUGAUCUGUUUCUUCUUAUUCUUCUUCUGUUUAAUACUAUGCUCUAUUUGAGUUGUGCUUUCAGUUUAAUUCCCUAUUCCCUAGGGGCGUGUGUAAGUACGCUAAAGCCAAUCGUGAACCUUACAGAGCUCCCGCCAUUAUUCAAAACUGCCAAUCAGCUUGUAGCGGUGCUCGGCCUCAGUGUAUAUAUUCUCCUGCAGUUGACUCCCUAGCACACUUCGUGAAGACGAACAACAGCAGCUAACAAGCAAUGGCCAGAACCAAGCAGACCGCUCGUAAGUCCACCGGUGGCAAAGCCCCAAGGAAGCAGCUCGCCACCAAGGCGGCCCGUAAGAGCGCCCCGGCCACCGGCGGCGUGAAGAAGCCCCAUCGCUACAGGCCCGGUACCGUGGCCCUGAGAGAGAUCCGCAGGUAUCAGAAGUCCACCGAGCUGCUGAUCCGCAAGCUGCCCUUCCAGCGCCUGGUGAGGGAGAUCGCCCAGGACUUCAAGACCGACCUCCGCUUCCAGAGCUCCGCCGUCAUGGCUCUUCAGGAGGCCAGCGAGGCCUACCUGGUCGGCCUGUUCGAGGACACCAACCUGUGCGCCAUCCACGCCAAGAGGGUGACCAUCAUGCCCAAAGACAUCCAGCUGGCCCGCCGCAUCCGCGGAGAGCGUGCCUAAAGCGACCUUCGUUACAUCCCCACAACGGCUCUUUUAAGAGCCACACAAUUCUUGCAAAGGCUUCCUUUUGAAAUAGACACUGAACCCUGCUUUAUUAAAAUGUUUGCAAAUAUUAUGCAAUGUUUAGUCUAGAGGACAAUCAAACUAUUAACUGACUGGUCUAAUGUCAUUCAAAUUCGAGCCAUCCAGCGCAGACCACUGCAAUGAUACACUUCUUGGGCCGUCUCUAAAAGACGUCGGGUUGACCCUAAACCAAGCUCGAAGGUUCCUGAGAGUCGCACAAGAACACUAGAAUAAUCGGUAUAAUUUGGCCGGGGGUUAUUAAACAAUGUCGCUCCAUGAUAAAUAAUCCACAAAUAUUUAGAAACGUCAUGUUUGGAAAAAUACAAAUAAAUACAAUUAUAGACUAAUACAACUAUUUGUAGCUAUACGAUUUAAUU